AUGGUUGAUUUAUUUAUAUAGUAAAAAACUAUUCUUUAAAAGAACUUGCUAAUCAACAAUUCUUUCAUUUUUAAUUUUAAAGAAUUUCUAAUUAUUUUGAUCGAAUGAAAUGCAGCACAUUAAACGGUGUGUGCAACAAUUUAUACCAAAUAACGUAUUUGGUGCAAAUAAUUUAAGCUGUUUAUAUUCCAUACAAAGAACUUUCUUUGGAUAUAAUGAAGAAAAAAACCAUUCAAAAUUUCUUAAAAAUAAUGAAACCAUUUUUCCUCCACAAAAACCUGGUGAAGAGAGAAGGCCUGGUUAUGUAUGCCACAUGAGGAAGAAUAUAAAAUAUAGUCCACUAAAUAUGUGGUACAUUGCUUGUUUUGUAAGAGGUAUGUCUGUAGAUGAAGCUGUUAAACAAUUAAGUUUUCUAAAGAAGAAGGGUGCAGCAAUAGCGAAAGAAGUUAUAUUAGAUGCACAAAAGUUGGCUGUGGAAAACCAUAACAUUGAAUUUAAAAGUAAUUUAUGGGUUGCUGAAUCUUUUGCAACAAAAGGUAUAACAAUUAAAGGUAUUCGGCGCCAUGCUAAAAUGAGAGCUGGAACUGUAAGGUAUAGAUAUUGUAAUUACUAUGUACGUUUAGAAGAAGGAAAACCACCGAAACAUUAUUAUGCAAAAGAUAUACUGAAUAAUAAAACUGGGGAAGAAUUAUUAAAACAAUGGAUAGACCGUAUGCAUGAACGUAAAGUAAAUAGUUCAUUGUAAGUUAUUAUAUACAUGUACACAUUUAUUUAUAUAUUAAUAAACAACUGAAAUCCUGUUA